AUGAGCCCGCCCACAUUCACCAGAGCCAAUCAGAGUGGUGCUGACGAAGGGCGUGGGAAAACAGUUCUGACUCAGAAGUUCUGUCUGGACUGGGCUGAAGGCAGAGCCAACCAGGACCUCCAGCUGCUGUUCCUGUUCACUUUCAGAGAUCUCAAUGUGCUCAGAGACACACAGUUCAGCCUGGUGGGACUGAUGCACCCCUUCUUCAGUCCAUCCAAAAGUCUCUGCAGCUUCCAACAGCUCCAGGUGCUCUUCAUCUUUGACGGUCUGGACGAGUGCAGACUUCCUCUAGAGUUCAGCCGAACCCGGGUCCUGACCAACCCUACAGAGUCCGCCUCAGUGCACGUGCUGCUGGUAAACCUCAUCAGGGGGAGCCUGCUUCCCUCCUCUCGCAUCUGGAUAACCACACGCCCCGCCGCAACCAGUCAGAUCCCUCCUGAGUUCAUCUCCAUGAUGACAGAGGUGCGAGGGUUUGCUAACCCACAAAAGGAGCAGUACUUCAUGAAGAGGUUCAGAGACCAGGCCACAGCCGUCAUCUCCCACAUCAAGAGCAUCCGCAGCCUCUAUAUCAUGAGUCACAUCCCGGUCUUCUGCUGGAUCCUCUCCACAGUUAUACAGAAACUUCUGGAACAAACAGAGAAACCAGAGCUGCCCCGGACUCUCACACAGAUGUACAUCCACUUCCUGGUGGUUCAGGCCAAAGUUCUGAAUAUCAAGUAUCACCAAGGAUCUGGGGCAGACCUUCACUGGAGUCCAGACACCAGGGAGAUGGUGCUGUCUCUGGGAAAACUGGCCUUUGAGCAGCUGCAGAAAGGAAACCUGAUCUUCUACGAGUGUGACCUGAGUGAGUGUGGGGUGGACGCUGCAGCGGCCUCAGUGUACUCUGGAGUGUUCACACAGGUCUUUAGAGAGGAGCCAGGCCUGUACCAGGACAAGGUCUACUGCUUCAUCCAUCUGAGUGUGCAGGAGUUUCUGGCUGCUCUUCACGUCCAUCAGACCUUCACAGAGUCUGGAGUCAACCUGCUGGAGGUCCAACAAACUUCUUUUUUUGCUCGAUUGUUCAAAAACAAGACAGAACUGAGUUUUCUACACUGCUCUACUGUGGACCAGGCCUUACAGAGUCCAAACGGACACCUGGACCUGUUCCUGUGCUUCCUUCUGGGGCUGUCUUUGCCGACCAAUCAGAGCCUGCUACAGGGUCUGCUGACUCAAACAGAAAGUGACUGGACCAAUCAGAAGACAGUAAAAUACAUCAAACAGAAGCUGAAUGAAAAGGGUCUGUCUGCAGAGAGAAGCCUGAACCUGCUCCACUGUCUGAAUGAGCUGAACGAGCACAGUCUGGUGAAGGAGAUACAGGAGUACAUGAGAGAAGGACGGAUCUCUAGGUUAAAUCCUCCUGCUCAGUGGUCGGCUCUGUCCUUCCUCUUACUGUCCUCAGACUCAGACCUGGAGGAGUUUGACCUGAGGAAAUACCAGGCCUCAGAGACAGCUCUCCUGGGUUUGCUGCCAGUGGUCAAAGCCUCCACCAAAGCCCUGUGAGUCCAGACUGUAUUUAAACUCUUUUGUCAUGGUUCUAGUCUCUAAUGUUA